CCUCGCCAGGUACCGUUACAGUUCACCUCUUGGUACCGGUACGCGAUCGUCGUUCUACCAAAACAGCAGUACCUACUAUUCAAAUACGUGGUGAAGCUUUAGUGGUGAUAUGUUUGCGUGAGGUUCUCUUGUUGUUGGUUUUUAUUAAGUUUUAGUAAGUAAACAUGAAUAACCGAAUAUUAACAACCCUAUUGGUCACUCUCACCCUGUUACAAUCUUCCUUGCAAAACGUCGAAGACAACAAGAUAGAUACGGAAGCCCUAAAGGAUAUCGCCAAAGAGGUUCUGAAGAAAAACAAAUUGGGAAACAUCGGUGGAAUCGUGGAGGGUCUACUGCAAAACGGCGAUGCGAAACAACUUGUCGACGGUGUACUGGCGAAUUUAGGAAAAGAAAACUCCGGGCAACUACUGGAAACUUUGGGAAGUUUGCUGAGUAGCAGCGAGGCGGGCAAGGAAGUACCUAAAAAGUCCACGGGUCAGAAAAAGUCCAACGGUGAAGCAAAUCCUUUGGAACUACUGUCAACCUUAGGAUCCCUAGUAGGGGCCAUGCAGGACAAUGGAAACGGUGAAGGGAAACCAGGAGCCCUACUACAAGGAUUAGGUUCCUUAUUAGCUGGAGGCCAAGGUAAUGGAGAGGCUGGUGCUGCUCUCCUGCAAGGCUUAGGAUCCCUGUUAGCACCUCAAGAUGUCAAGAAAAAAGAAAAUGAGAAUAGUGCAGGUGCUCUUCUACAAGGUUUAGGCUCCCUAUUAGGGGCUGGGGCAGGCAACCAAGGUGGUGGUGCUCUGCUGCAAGGUCUUGGCGCUCUAUUAGGUGGUUCCCAAGGUAAUGGUGAUGGUGGACUUAAUCCUGAAUUAAUUGGGAACGUCUUGAGUAUGUUUGCUGAUAGUUCGAAGUCGAAGAAGCCCAAGAAGGUGCAGGGUGAGAAGGCGAAACCGAAGGUGAAGCAGCAAUUUCAGGCUAAGAACCAUAACACUCAGGACCAAAAGUCAACCGGCUUAGAUAAAAGAAAUAACGUCAAAAAUGAAAAAAUUGGUGGAAUCGACAUAGACUUCAUUUUUGAUAAUUUCUCUUUGUUUGUCAAAUUGGCCAAGGCCUAUGUGGGGCCUCAGUAUGAAACCUUUUUUAAUCGCAUCGAUGACGCCAUGGACGUUUACCACGAGAUCAUGGAUAAAACUAAAAAGCCUGAUUAUCAAAAACUCAUCCCGAAACUAAUUAAAUUAUAUAAGGCAUAUAACGAGUAUAUCAAACCAAAAUCGGCCCAAAAAAAGACCCAAGAAGACUCACUCGACCUGGACAGCUUAAUGAACAUCGCCAGCACCUUUUUAGGACAAACAAACGAUUCUGGCAAAGAAAAGGCGAGCUUCAUGGAUUACUUGCCGAUGAUUAUGAAUACUUUGAACGCCUUUACAGGAAACGAGGCGAAAGAGCGUGCAGAUAGUCAUUCGAGCCACACCUGGGCCAUGCCACCAGUGCUCGAGAGGAUUCACAUUUAUUUUGAUAACUUUAUGAGUUCUGACAUGGGGAAGCAACUGCUGGGGUAUCUGAAGGAACAGCAAGCAUUUAAACAAUUUCUUGAUAAAAAUGGCAACUUUGACUACGAAAAGUUCGAGAGUCUCAUCGAAAACCACUCGUUCAGGAGAUACUGGAUUCGGCAACUCACUAUUAAGCUCGUUGACCUAUUGAAGCUUAUGUCAGAUAAGAAAAUUCAGGAUCAAUAUGUCAAUAUGGGGGUUACGUUCAGUAACUCAUACCUCCAAUCAGCUGGUUUUCCCAAGAAGGCUUUAAUUGAUCUGAAAAACCCCGCCGCGUCCUUAACUGAAUUUGCCAAUUAUGCUUCGGCGAAAUAUCUGGAUGCCUCUCUGGAUACUAAACCUUAUGUGGAACCAAUCGUUCUAUAUUCCAAAGAGCUUCUAAGUAUGGCACAAGCAUCGAUAUCAUCCACGAAAGUUUCCAAAGAACUCACAGAGAAAUUGACUGAUACAAUUAACAUGGAGAUAAUUGAGCCCAUUACGAGAGUAAAUCGGGCUUAUAGGUUUGCCAAGUCUGAACCUAAGUGUGACAAGUACGUAUUUUGCCUUAUUAACCAAGACGAGUCAAACGAGGACGCAAGCUUACCAAACGUCAGAAAAGCCCUUUAUAAGGGCUUCAGCCUAAUAGCCGGAUGGUUCUUAAGUUCCCACACGGGAACAUCAUACUGGGACUUAUAUGGGGUACUUAUGGAAGACGAUAGCUGUAAAACUUACUACAAUGAUUCCUGCAAGGGCUUUUACCAUGAAGAAGUGAAAGCAACGACUGAAUAUGUUCACGUAGAAUUAUAAGAAAUAAAUAAUUUUAAAUUUUA